GCAGCGCCUGAGUCGACCUGUGGAGUCAACCUAUGCCAACAAACAACGCAUGGUAGUCCAUGACUACCUCCAGGAUGUUGAGUGUUGUUUCCCGUACGCGGGAGGGGAACAAAGACAUCGCGUUUCGUUCCUCAUGAGCGAUGAUCUCCCUAUGGAUAUUUUGUUAGGUAUGUACUACCUCUCCGUUGCACAACCCCAGUUUGACUGGGACCGAAAAGUGGUCAAGCACAUUUUGCCAGGUGGAGGGAUCGCCAGAUUACGUAAGUUUAAGGCUAGUAGUCUGAUCGAGUCCUACAGAUGCAUGUGUGCCGCCGCGUUUUACAACUAUUAUAAGCAAAAUCCGGAGGAGGGUAUGUAUCUAGUUUAUGUCUCUGCAGCAGGCGAGCCGGUGAAAAUGUCGUCGGAGAUAGAGGGAGUAGUUGCUGAGUACCCUGAUCUAUAUGAAGAGCCGAUUGGGGUUGUCGAGAAGGAGGUCAUCCACGCGAUAGAGAUUAUCCCAGUGUCUAGCAUUCCGAAGGGUAGAAUCUAUCGGAAGUCUGCAGGCGAGCUUGACGAGCUUCGCCGGCAGCUCAAGGAACUCAUAGAGAAGGGUUGGAUCCGGCCGAGUGUCUCCCCUUACGGAUCACCAGUUUUAUUCAUGCCAAAGAAGGGGGGUAAGCUGAGGAUGUGCAUUGACUAUAGGGGCCUCAAUGCCAUCACUGUCAAGAACCGAGAGCCCCUACCGCACAUCGACGAUUUGCUAGAUAGAGUGCAAGGGUGUUGGUACUUUAGUACGAUAGAUCUGAAGUCCGGGUACCAUCAGAUUGCAAUUCGGCCUGAGGAUCAGCACAAAACCGCUUUCCAGACCAGGUACGGUCUGUACGAGUUUGUGGUGAUGCCUUUCGGCCUUUGCAAUGCUCCUGGCACCUUUCAACACGCUAUGAAUCGGAUUUUUCAUGACUACUUGGAUAAGUUUGAUUUCGUGUACCUCGAUGGCAUACUUAUUUUUAGUAGGACUAUCGAGGAGCAUGUUGCACACUUAGACAAAGUCCUCAGUCUCCUCCGGCAGCACAAGUUCAAGAUCAACGGGGAGAAAUGCGAGUUUGGUCACACCCGGAUCUUGUACUUGGGUGAUAAGAUUUCCUCAGAGGGCCUGAAGCCCGAUGACGCGAAGGUGGCCAGCAUUCGUGACUGGCCUCGUCCUCAGUCUGUGACUGAGAUGAGGUUUUUCUUAGGGGGCUACUACUGUAACUUUGUUAAGAACUAUAGCAUAGUGACCGCCCCUUUGACUGAUUUGACCCGCCUUGACACCCCAUGGGAGUGGACAAACAGGUGUGAGGCUGCCUUCCGACAUCUGAAGCAUGGGUUGACACACCAUGAGGUCUUGAAACUUCCCGAUCCUGAUAAGGUGUUCAUAGUAACCACGGAUGCUAGCCAAUAUGGCAUAGGCGUCAUGCUCGCGCAGCAGGAGGGGCCAAAGUUGAGGCCAGUGGAGUACUUGCCCAAGAAGAUGCCCUCUCAGAAGUUGGCUAAGUCCACCUAUGAGAAGGAGUUGUACGCGAUCUAUAAAGCGCUAACCCAUUGGAGGCACUAUCUCCUUGGGAGGUUCUUCAUCGUUAGAAUUGAUCAUCCGACCUUGAAGUGGAUGAGAACUCAGCCUGUGCUCUCUGAUGCGCUGAAACGCUGGAUCGAAGUCAUUGCGCAGUAUGACUUCGAGCCCCAGUACCUCAAAGGUGAGUACAACAACAUUGCUGACACGUUGUCGCAUAGGCCAGACUUCUCCGGUGCGCUGAUCACUAAGUUUGGGCUUGCGGACGAUGCCACUUACUCUUUGGUGGAAGCCUAUCGUGAGGACCAGUUCAUGUCUGGGAUCAUACGCAUACUUGAAGCAAAGGACAAGGUGACUUCUGCCGAGUUUGAGUUGGUCAACAGCUUGCUGUUGCUUGAGAAGGCUGAGAAUAAACAUUUGUGUGUUCCUAAUAGAGAGUCUUUGCGUAGUUUAUUUUUAGGCGAGAGUCACGAUGCCAUAGGACAUUUUGGUUUCAAGAAGACUGCAACCAAUCUGUUGUAGCGGUUCUGGUGGCCCACGAUGAUGAGAGAUGCCAAACUGUAUGUCGAGA